AUGUCAAGAAGCAGCGGCAAAGAUGCGCCUAAGGCGUUCAAGGUCAUGGUGUUGCAAGGCGAUCACAUCGGACCAGAAGUCAUGGCCGAGGUAUUGCCGCUCUUUGAUGUGAUCCAGUCACAUUUCGGUAUCAAGGUCGAGACCUUCGAGCGUUUGAUAGGAGGCAGUUGCCUUGACCAACAUGAUUGCCCGAUCCAGGAGAGUACCCUACAAGAAGCAUCCGAGUGCCAUGCAGUCCUGUUGGGCAGCGUCGGAGGCCCGAAAUGGGAUGUUGGUGACUCAAGUAGGAGACCAGAAACGGGCAUCUUGCGCAUGCGUAAACAUCUGAAUCUAUACGCCAACGUCAGGCCUGCCAAGAUCAUCUCGGAGCGCCAACUCGAACUGAGCUCGCUCAAAGAGCAUGUCGUUCGUGGCGUCAACAUCAUCACGUUGCGAGAGAAUGCAGGGGGUAUCUAUUUUGGCAGAAAGCAAGAGCCAGACCCCCUUGCCCACAAAGAUCUUUGCGAAUAUACACGCGAAGAGGUUGUUCGUCUGACACGCGUGGCAGCGGCUCUAUCGCUUGCCAGCAGUCAUGGCCCACUACCUAUCAUCUCGGUCGACAAGGCCAACGUCAUGGCAACAUCGCGACUCUGGCGCCAAGUGGUCACCGAGACCAUCCGCGACGAAUUUCCUCAGCUAAUGGAUAAAUUGAGCCACCAACUCGUCGACUCGGCUGCGAUGUUGCUGGCGAAAGACCCGCGAAAGCUCAACGGCGUCGUCCUGACCGAAAAUCUCUUUGGCGACAUUCUGAGCGAUCUCACAUCGGUCAUCCCUGGAUCUCUUGGUGUGCUCGGAUCCGCUGAAAUCGACGGUCCCCCCAUUCCCUCACAAGACUUCCGAAUGCCCAUGGGCGUCUAUCAACCAGUCUCCGGAUCUGCACCGGACAUUGCUGGCAAGGGUAUCGCCAACCCGAUCGGCAUGUUCAUGUCCUUUGGCCUUAUGUGCCGAUGGUCGCUCGGAUUGCCAAAGGCGGCUGAUGCCAUCGACAGCGCCAUCAAAGAUUGCCUCGAGUCAGGUCAAUGUACGCGAGACGUUGGCGGGACGCUGUCUACGCAGCAAGCGGGGAGCGCGUUGAGACAAUCGAUUCAAGAAUUCUUGUCGUGA